AUGUCGGUUCACGAAUCAGCCCGAUCUCUGAAGAGGAACCAUGACAGCUUCGAAGGCCGCGCAGAUCUGAAAGAGUCACAUACCGCUGCCGCAGACUUCCUACAAACCCUUCCAAUACCUCCUACCCCAACCAACACCUCGAAACGGAACUUAAGCCCUGCGCAGAGCAACUCCAGCCCACUGAGCGAUGUUGGACCAGUGACACCGUCUGCAGUGUUGAAUUCUCCCAAACUUGCUACUGGGGCCGGACCAAACGCCUCGGUGAAUACCAGCUCGCCGUCCGCCUUCGCAGCACUUAAUGGUGCUGCCGCCCCUCCAGCCAAGAAGACUAAACUCACAUUCGCGGAGAAAGAGAUGAGGCAGAUCCAGAAGGAUAUCAGAGAGCAGGAGAAGGCGGAAGAGAGAGCGAAGAAGGAGGCCGAGAAACAAGUACAAGCCGAAGAAAAAGCACGACGAGAUGCUGAGAAGGAGGCUGAGAGAAAACGGAAAGAGGCAGAGAAACAACUACAAAUCGAAGAGAAGGCACGACGAGACGCCGAGAAGGAGGCCGAGAAAAAGCGGAGAGAGGCUGAACGGGAAGAAAAGAGAGCUGCACAGGAGGCCGAGAAGGCUGCUAAGGAGGAGAAGAAGCUGCUGAGGGAAAAAGAGAAACAACGAGUCGAGGAGGAGAAGAUGAAAAAGGAACGCAGCCAACCGACCUUGAGUAGCUUCUUCGCCGCACCUUCUAAAGCCAGGACAGGUAGCGCGGAUGGUAAGGAAAAACGUCCCGCAAGCCCUGGACCACAAAAUUCGAAUCCUAGUCUAUUAGCUGCGUCGACUGUAAACCCCCAAGCUACCACGCCCAGCAAGCCCGAGAUAUCACCAUAUGACAAGAUGUUUCCGGCUUUCUUCAUACAUAGCGAUGUCAAGGUCGCCAGUGUUAAUCGAUUCGAGCGGGACGACGAAGCCUUGAAUUCGAUACACCAAACCCUCGACAGUUACAUAUUCGGGGAUAGGAGUCCAGACCGAAAACUAACGUUUGAUAUAAUAUCGCUGUUCCACCUACCUGAUAAUACUGGUCCUCGUGGCAAAAAUUGCAUGCCAGUCCGUGAGAUCAUGGCUGAGUUCUCAGGAGAUGCUUCUCGUCCGAUCGACUUAACCGAAGAUUCGCAAAUUUCUCAGGUCAGAAGGAUGCGCAAUCUACGAAGGGUGCCGAUGAAGAUCCUCCAAUUCAGAGAAGACGUCAGGCCCCCAUAUCGAGGAACAUAUACUAGCCGGCCUGUCCAUGGCGUGGCGAAGUUGGGUCGAAAUCCACUUCGGAGAGACCUUCCGAACACAAACUAUGAUUAUGAUAGUGAGGCUGAAUGGGUUGAGGAUGAAGAUGCCGAGGACUGCAACAGCGAUGGCGAGGAGGAAGAUGAUGGAGAGGAUGGCGAGGACAUGGAGGGCUUUUUGGAUGAUGAGAAUGAUGAACUAGCUCAUUCUAAAAGGAUGAUAAUACAAGGUGAUUUAGAACCCGUUUCGACGGGUUUGUGUUGGGAGAGUAGGAAAAAGAGGAAUACCGGUGUGGAGAUGAUGCAAUAUCGGAUGGAAAUCAUCGUUGACCCAAAUCUCAAAUCAGUCAAUCCCUUUUCGACUCAAUACUGGGUACCGAAUCCAACCACCACAGCCAUGGAACCUCCCCGCCUACCCCUCACAGCAGUGAAACCCCCAAACACCAGCACCGCCAUCCUCCCCUCGUCAACCAUCAAAGUAACGUCCUUUUUCCCUCUGACUACCUCCACUACCUCUACCACAGCGUCGUUAUCCUCCCAACAAGCUCUCCAGACUAUCUCCACACCUGGCAAAGACACCAAACCCAAAAAGCUCCUUCCGGCAGAAGACCUCCCCAAAUUUAGAGAUGCUGUGGAAGGCAGUAACCUCUCGAAAAUAGGGUUGAUCGAGGUGUUGAAGAAGCAAUUCCCUGGACGGCCAGCAGCGGCUAUUAAGGGGACAUUGGAGACUGUUGCCAAGAGGAUUGGUGCUAAGGAGGCUGAUAAAAGAUGGGUUAUCGUCGAGGGGAUGUGA